ACAUAAUAGCAACCUACAUUAUACGCGGAGGGAAUUUCGGCUGCCAAGUUUCUCUCGCCGCCAUGAUCCGUUAUGUUGCCGCAGCUGUUCUCAUCGGUCUGUCUUUUGGACAGCGCCAAGACUUUACGUUUCAAGACUGUGGUAGCAAGGCAGAAAUUCAAAUAGCCCAGAUCGAACCGUGCGACUCCGACCCGUGCAUCCUCAAGCGUGGUUCUACAAGCAAGAUCCACUUUUCAAUCAUAGCCGACCACGACAGCGAAACGGCACUGCUUGACGCCAGGUUCAAGUUGUUCGGCAUGAUGAUGCCGAUCCCGGGGCUGGAGAAGGACUUGUGCAAGAGCCUAGUGCAGUGUCCCAUUGUCAAGGGGGAAGAGUACGGCGGCACAAUGGAAGUGUCCAUCCCCUCCUUCGCGCCCCCCAUGAAAAGUACGGUCCAGCUCAAGAUAGUCGGUGACGAUGGCGUGAGCAUCUGCAUCAGGACCACUGUCGUCACUCAGUGAACACGAAAAUGCUCGCUCUUCACACGAAGUGGGACGCCGUGUCGAAGGUUCGACAGAAAGGAAUCAACAUCGACGUGCACUGAAUGCCUUCGCCACUGCUUUUAUGACUUUUUGUGUAGUCUCUUCAUAUAAGGCACCACUGCGUGGGCCGAAUGGUCAGCCCCGCGGGCAUCCCUGUCGGUUAUAAUAAAGAUAAUCGCGGUAGACCAUGUCCCAUUUGCAGAAAGCCUCAGGAAUGACAUGCACCAAAGACACUCUGGUGCGCUGAGCAGCUGCCAGAAGAAAGGACAAAAUACUAAUUCGCGGUUCACUUCCUGCAGCGAAAGCAAAAGUUAUAUGCGCAAUCGCGUACAUGGUUGAGUUGCCAUCCUUCCCGAAUUCAGCGGGACAGUCCUGAGAUUUGAGUAAAAGUCCCCUACCGACUUCAAGUCGUAACGGUGAAAUGUCCCGAAUAUUUUUUCUCUACUGAACAACAAUCAACUUUCUUUUUGUAUACAUAAUACCUGACAGCUCAGUUGCAGAUUCUUCUCUUUUGUGUUCUGUUGUACUGUCAUAAGCAUAGAAGCGGUCUCGUUGUUGUCAUAGUUAAAGUUCCGUUGUAAACAUUACUGUUCACAGUACCUCUGCCUGCAUUGGUAGCCAUGUUAGGCAGCUGCUGCACCUUUCUUGAUGUAAAUCACGAUAUGGUAUGACCAAAAAUGUGUGGGACUUUGUAGCACGUGCCGACUAGCGGCCCCCGCAUUGAUAGGACCGGUCGUCGCCAGCCUAUCCCCGAGAGUUAGCAACGAUAAUACAUAAUGAUGUAGGCGCACACAUGCACAAAAAUAUGUUGCAGCCAUUCCUUACGCACACAGUCUUUCUUGUGAUCUGAAAAACGUCUCGGCGCGCUACCAAGUUAAAAUAACAUUCAUCGCGCCAAAUAAGCUAUCCAAUUUGGGCCUGCGUGUCAGAAGAACAAAAAAAGAGAGAGAGCUAAGAGCUUCGGUUGUGCGUGUAACGAAUACUGUUGUGGUAACAUGAGUUUCCCACAGAAAUGUCUAGAUAAGACUAUGGUACUAUAGUGCCUACGGGACUUGCACGUAUGACGGUUGAGCCCGAAUGAAAACAAUUUGCAGUACGUGGAUGCACUUCAAUUUCGUCCUGGCUUCAAAUGCGUCGUGAUUUUGGAAAUUGGUCAUCUUCGACAAAAUAUUACGUCUGUAACAAUUUGUAAUAAUUACGCAUUCGUCCAUGACUUAUCGCCUCGCUGUGUGUAAGAAAACUAUGAGCGCUUGAAAAUUUACGCAGUUAAGGCGUAGCAGAUAACCUCUCAAGAACGUUUAAAGUCACAGGUACGGAGAUUAUGCAAAUUCGUAUACUAAACAUAAUUCUCGUAGUGUAGCUAAUCAACGCAGUGCCAGAGAUCCCUCUAGUAAUUCUUGUAGAAUAACUAAAGGGCAACUCUGUGAACAAAUCAAGCGCAGGUAGCAGCACAUCUCGUGCAAGAUAGCUGUGGUUAUCUCGCACAGAUGAAGACAUGCAUAUGUGGGAAAAAAAGUGUCAGAUGUUUAAAUAAUGGACUCCUCGCCUUAAAUUAUGUCUCCUUGCAAGGCCAUAGACAGCCAUAAUAAAUAUACCCAUGGGCAUCCUCGUCGGUUAUAAUAAAGGGCCUCGCAGGACACCAUGCCCCAUUCACCGAAAGCUUCAGGGAUAACAUGCACCAAAGGCACCCUGGUGCACCAAGCAGCUGCUCAGGUGUGUGUACGCCUACUUAGCUGCUACUGCAGGACGUCUGGCCGCAGAUAUAUCUUAACCGACACCUGAAUCAUAGCGAGACAUAGUAGUCUAGCUAACCGAGAAAUCAUUGAGGCCCUUCAGAUAUAAAAGCUGGGAGAUGCACGAUUUAGUCUCUAUUUUAAUGACGGAAAAAAGAAUAUUUUUUAUAUAUGCAGCAGAACUCGCGCGACUAAUAAAGGUUCCGCCCGGUAGCUUGUUCUACGUCAGUAUAUAUGAUUUUUUAUUUUCUUGUUGUUUUGUUAUCUAGUGACGCUUGAAGAAAUGACUUCCUGUAUUUCUUCGGAGCGCUUUAAUAAACAAAUACCAGUGGAGACUCG